AUGUCCGCCAUCAUGGAGCAGAAGGCCAGCGUUGAACUGAAGGAAAAUCUCAAGGCACAAGUAUCUUCGUCCGAUGAUGUGCUGGUUGGUGCUGGUGGUCAAAUCCAGCGACUUCCUGUUCCCAGCAACGAUCCUAAUGACCCGUUGAACUUCACGUGCUGGGAGAAAAUGGGCAUUAUUGUCAGCUGCUGCUGGUUCUCCGUCAUGUCUCUAUCGGUGGUUGGGGGAUUGGGUGCCAUUCUCGAGAUAUUCGUCAAAAUGUAUACGCCACAGGGACAUUCUACAAAUGAAGUUGUCUGGCUGUCGACCUUUCCAUCCUUGUUUGUUGGCAUAGGGAACUACCUGAUUCUACCUCUAGGUCUUGUUUAUGGACGUCGCUUGGGAACCAUAAUCUCCAUCUUUGUGCUUUUGGGGGCAACUGUAGGAUGUGCCCUAUCUCAGACCUGGGAACAGCAUUUCGCAUUGCGCAUCAUUCAAGGCCUUGCCUCUGGUGCAACUGAAUCGCUCCUUCCUCUGAUGCUAGCCGAGGUAACGUUUGUUCACCAACGGGGCAUGGUUUACGGCCUCUACUGGGCAACGCAGAAUACAGUAACAAGUUGCCUCAACCUGGCUAGUUCAUACGAAGCCGCAGCAUUGGGAUGGCGCUGGUUUUACUGGGUCUAUGUGAUUGCCGUCGGAGCUGGAUUUAUCAUUGUCAUUUUUUUCUGCUUUGAGACCAGCUAUUAUCGCGGGGCUCAAAUAACCAAUGGUCAUGUUAUAGUUACUGACCAGUUCGGGGUGACCCAGGUACUCUCCGGGGAAGAAGCGCAGGCGUAUCUUGGUUCAGAGGGUGAGCAUGAUCAAGAUACUAUUCCAGAGGAGUUGCGGCCGAAAAGGACAUAUGCACAAAUGCUCAAACCAUGGUCGUGCCCAACCCAGAGCCCCAUUAAGACCGUUCUAAUGGCUUGGUUUCACAUGUUUGAAGCAUUCAGUUCCCCUGGUAUCUUAUAUGCCACUCUACUCUCUUCCGUCGUGCUCGGGUCCUCCGUUGGCUUAUCCCUCACAUACAACACAGUCCUAGAAUAUAACUACGGCUGGGAAGCACGCAACAUCGGCCUCAUCAACCUAGGAGGCGUCUUCGGCGGCUUCGGGGGCAUGUUAUACGCAGGCGUAUUUGGCGACUGGUUCGUCCUGCGCAUGGCCAAACGAGCCAACGGAAUCCACACACCCGAGCAUCGUCUCCUCCUCCUCAUCCUGCCCGGAAUCCUCACCGUAGCUUCGCUCCUCGUAUACGGCUUCACAGCAAACGGCAACGCAACCUGGGGCGGUCCAUAUAUGGGCUGGACAUUGUUGCAAAUCGCCUUCGUGUCGGUGCUUAUCCUGUCUACAUCUUUCGCGGCGGAGGCGUGGGAGAGGAAUCCUGGCCCGGCGCUGGUGGCUGUCGUUGGCACGAAAAAUAUUAUCGCUUUUGCGUUGAGUUAUGGGAUUAAUCCCAUGGUGGAGAAGUAUAGUUAUCCGACUGCGAUGGGGGUUCUGGCUGCUGUUACCGGGGGGGUGUUUUUGCUUGGGAUUCCGGUUUACUUGUUGAAUCCUGUGUGGCGACGGUAUAUUAGAAGACGGGAGUUGAAGGUUACAUGA